UGAUAAAUAGACAAAUUGAUUCUGAAUUACAUGUGAACAGUUCGAAGGUUCGAACAAGACUGUUUGUUGCAAACGAAAGGGAAAGUUUGCUAAAUUUUCAUUAGAAUUUGAAGAAUCGAAUUUAUUUAGGUACAAUGCAUGUAAUUACUCUACAAUUUCAGAUAUCAGUGAUUUUUAUUUUAGCAGGUAUGGCUUGUGGUAAUAAUUACAGCAGAAAAUUAUUACAGAAAAAAUAUCCGGGAUUUGGUACGGAUUAUAUUAUUUUUCCUGGGGAAAAUGGAGAAGAUGUCUAUGGAUAUUACAACGAUAAAAGACAGACAAGAUUUGGAAUAGACAUAUUUGAUCUGCCGUUUUUAGACUAUGAUUUCAGUAAUUCCAUUAAUUUUACAUUAUUUACUAGAGAUGCCCCUUAUGGCUGGUUGGUCGACGAUCCGGACAAACUACCAAAUUAUUUAAUAAAUAACACACAAGUUAAGUUUAUAACUCAUGGCUGGAUGUCGAAAGGCACAGCAGAUAACUGUGUCAAAAUUAAGGACGCUUUUCUCGAAAAGCACGAUUUUAAUGUUUUCAUUAUGGACUGGAGCUCUGUUUCCGGAAACCCAUUCUAUCCUGUUCCUAUGGAAGCCACGCCACAUAUUGGACAGGAAUAUGCAAAAUUUAUCAACAUUCUGAUAGGAAAAAUGAACGUGAAUCCGAAAGAUAUUCACUUAAUAGGUCACAGUCUUGGGGCACAUAUUUCUGGAUUUGCUGGUAGACGCACCAAGGGAAGAGUUUCCAGAAUAACUGGUUUAGAUCCAGCUUUACCAGGUUUUGAUAUUAAUCUUGUCAAAGGUGACCGCCUGAAUAGAAAAGACGCGGAUUUUGUAGACAUUAUCCACACAUGUGCUGGAUUUUUAGGUAUAAGAGAUCCUAUAGGACACGUUGACUUUUAUCCCAAUGGUGGGGCUCCCCCACAGCCUGGAUGCACUAUAUUAAAAUUUGUAGAAGCUUGCAGUCAUGGUAGAAGUUGGAAACUGUUUGCGAAUAGUAUUAAACUAGACCAAGAAUACGCAGCCAGUAGGUGUCCAAAUCUUGCCAGUUUAGCUAACUUAAAAUGUGUGGGUAAGAACAUUCCCAUGGGAUAUCCCACUCCACCUACAGCUAGAGGUAUUUUCUACAUAGAAACCACAUCUGAGGAGCCUUAUAUAAAACCGUUUGAUUUUGUAGAUAAAAAUAAAGUAGAAUAAAGAAAAUGUUUUUUUAUU